AUGUCGCGUGGCUGCGCGCUGCAGCUGCUCUCGCACCCGUCGCUGACCGCCGCGCAACUCCGGCAGCUCCACGCCCACCUGCUCACCUCCACGACGCACCUCGCCGACCGCUUCCUCCCCAACAACCUCCUCCGCCAGGCCUCCUCCCCUCACCGCGCCAUCGCCCUCUUCCCCCGCCUCCGCCGCAUCCUCCCGGCCUUCCUCCCCAACAACUACACCUUCUCCUUCCUCCUCACCGCCGCCGCCGCCGCCGUCCCUGCUCCUCCGCCGAAUUCCGACCGGCGGCUGGUCUGCUCCCUGCACGCGCUCGCCGUGGCGCUCGGAUGGGACGCGCACCUCUACGUCUCCAACGGCCUCAUCCACGCCUACGCCGCCCGCGGCCACCUCGCCUGCGCGCGCGGCGUCUUCGACCACGCCUGGACCAGGGACGCCUGCUCCUGGACCUCGCUCCUCACCGCCCACGCCAGGGCCGGCCAGCUGGCCGACGCGCGCGCCCUGUUCGACGGAAUGCCGCACCGGACGCCCGUCGCCUGGAGCGCGAUGCUCAGCGCCCACGUCGGCGCGGGCGGCUUCGCGGACGCGCUCGAGGUGUUCGGCGGGAUGCUCAGAGCCCGCGUCCGGCCCAACCGCGCCGCCGUCGUCGGCGCGCUGGCAGCGUGCGGCGCGCUCGGGGCGCUCGAGCAGGGCCGGUGGGUGCACGCCCUCGUCGCCGCUCCCGGGAGGAGCGGGAACGGGAUGGACGGGGUGGUGGCCACCGCGCUGGUGGACAUGUACGCCAAGUGCGGGAGCCUGGACGCGGCGACGCAGGUGUUCGCGGCCGUGCCGGAGCGCGAGCGGGACGUGUUCGCGUACACGGCCAUGAUCUCCGGGCUGUCGGACCACGGCCGCUGCGGGGAGGCCGUGGAGCUGUUCCGCCGGAUGCAGGACCGAGGGGUGCGCCCCAACGAGGUCACCUUCAUCUGCGUCCUCAGCGCCUGUGCUCGUGCCGGCGGCGCGCUCGUGGGCGUCGCCAAGGAGAUAUUCCGGACCAUGGCCACCGUUUAUGGUGUCGUGCCCGGUGUGGAGCACUACGGGAGCAUGGUCGAUGUGCUCGGCCGCGCGGGGCUGCUCGCCGAGGCCGUGGGCCUGGCGCGGGCGAUGCCGAUGAGGCCCGACUCGUACGUGCUGGGCGCGCUGCUGAACGCGUGCAGGGUGCACGGUGGCGACGUGGAGCUCGGGAAGGAGCUGGUGGAGUGGCUGGCGGAGCUGGGCCUCGACCACAGCGGCGUCCACGUGCAGCUCUCCAACAUGUACGCCGGCAACAGCAAGUGGGAGGACGUGGUGAGGGUCCGGACGGCCAUGGAGGAGAAGAAGGUGACCAAGGUGCCCGGGUGCAGCAUGGUCGAGGUGGACGGCGUGGCCUGCGAGUUUGUCGCCGGUGACCGCUCGCUUGAUCCGUGGAUCAUGGCGGUCGUGAGGGAGCUAGAUGGGCAGCUCAGGCUGCUCGGCCAUGACUCUCGUCACCUUGACCUUGAGGAGCUUCUAGCAUAG